AUGGGCGAAUCCAGACAAGAGCUGCUAGCAUGGCUUAAUGGCCUGCUACAGCUGAACCUCACCAAGAUCGAGCAGUGCGGAACCGGUGCUGCUCUGUGUCAAGUGUUUGACUCGAUAUUCAUGGACGUUCCCAUGUCUCGUGUCAAGUUCAAUGUCAACACCGAAUAUGCCUACCUCCAGAACUACAAGAUUCUUCAAAACGUCUUCGCCCGCCACCAAGUAGAGAAGCCCAUUCCCGUGGAAUCUCUUACAAAAUGCCGCAUGCAAGACAACCUUGAGUUCCUCCAGUGGACGAAGAGGUACUGGGACCAGCACUACCCGGGAGGUGACUAUGAUGCGGUCAGUCGUCGAAAGGCCUCUGGUGCUCCUGCGACUGGUGGUGGCUCUCGCUCUGGUGCGUCGUCCGCCAGCGCCACCCGUCGGGGAACCACCCCCACCGUGGGAGCUGCCCGUCCCCGAGUUGCCGCAGCCCCCUCGGCCAACACAGUGGCCCUCCAGCAGGAGAUUGCAACUCAGAAGGAGGCGAUUGGAGGCCUGGAGAAGGAGCGGGACUUCUACUUCGCCAAGCUCCGGGAUAUCGAGCUGUUGCUGCAAACGGCCAUCGAGGCGGACCCAGAACUGGAGAAGGAAGAGGACUCGCUGGUGAAGCACAUCCAGGGCAUUCUGUACUCGACGGAGGAUGGAUUUGAGAUCCCGGCAGAAGAAGCGGCGGCGGAUGAGCUGGAGACCUUCUAA